UUCCCCCAAAGCACCACCGCAAGCCCCGUCCUUUUCCGCUCUAGGGUUUUCGGCGCUGAAGCUCCGAAGCGGCGAACACUCUCUCCGGUACCGGCGAUGGACGGCGAGGACGAACCUAUGGGCUCCAACGGCGUGGAGGACACGGAGAAGCCGACUCCGAAACCAGCGGCCGCUCUAGGUGGGGAGCAUCUCGACGUCGAGGCUUACGCGGGUCUCUACACCGGGCGAACCAAGAUCACGCGUCUCCUAUUCAUUGCCGAUCGGUGUGGGAACGAAAGCCUGCAGUUGGAGGCCCUCCGCAUGGCCUACGACGAGAUCCGCAAGAGUGAGAACACCUGCCUCCACCGCGAGGUCGCCCAGAAGAUAGCCGGCCGCCUUGGGUCCGACUUUUUGCUUGACCAGGCUUGGGCUGAUGCUGUCGAUCGGCGGGCGGAGCUGAAGAAGGAGAAGCUUGAGAACGAGCUCAAUGGAUAUAGGACAAAUUUGAUCAAGGAAAGUAUCAGAAUGGGUUACAACGAUUUUGGAGAUUUCUACUAUUCCCAUGGCCAGCUUGGUGAUGCGUUCAAGAGUUAUGUUAGAACCCGUGAUUAUUGUACAACCUCAAAACACAUCACUCAGAUGUGUUUGAAUGUGAUCUUGGUCAGCAUUGAGUUGGGGCAAUUCAUGCAUGUCUCUAAUUAUGUUAGUAAAGCAGAGCAAACACCUGACUCACAGGACCCAGUGACAGUUGCCAAAUUAAAAUGCGCUCUGGGAUUGGCUUUCUUGGAAACUAAAAAGUAUAAGCUUGCUGCUCGAAAGUUUCUGGAAACAGGACCCGAACUGGCAAAUAACUACACUGAAGUAAUUGCACCACAAGAUGUUGGUACAUAUGGUGGACUUUGUGCAUUGGCAUCUUUUGAUCGGACAGAGUUGAAGAACAAAGUAAUUGACAAUAUCAACUUCCGAAACUUUCUGGAACUGGUCCCUGAAAUAAGGGAACUUAUUCACGAUUUCUAUGCGAGCCACUAUGCUUCAUGUCUUGGGUAUCUUGAGAGCCUCAAACAUAAUCUGUUGCUGGAUAUCCACUUAUAUGAUCAUGUGGAGAUACUCUACACCCAAAUUCGGCACAAAGCAAUUAUCCAAUAUACACAUCCAUUUAUCUCUGUCAAUCUGCUUACAAUGGCUGAUGCUUUUAAGACUACUGUUACUGGUCUGGAGAAAGAACUGGAAGCUUUGAUUACUGAAAACCAGAUUCAGGCCCGGAUAGAUUCACACAACAAAAUUCUUUAUGCAAGGCAUGCUGAUCAAAGAAAUGCAACAUUCCAACGUGUUCUACAGACUGGUGAGGAGUUCAAUAGGGAUGCCAAAGCAAUGUUGCUGAGAGCCAAUCUUCUGAAACAUGAACAGAACCUCAAGGCAUCAAGGAAAUAGCGCAGCACCAGCAAGUAGCUAUGAGAUGAGUUUUUUCUUUUCAUUUAUUUUUUUUUUUAAUUUUGUUUAGCUAAAAACGAAAAGAAAAA